GAAAACCGUAUUAGUGAUGAUUCAGUGAAAACACUGCGAAAUUUAGUGCGUGAGUGCUUGUGAGAAUACACUGGUAGGCAUACAUGUAUGCAUAAGAAGUUACUUCAUCGUGGAGCUAGAAAAAUGAAGGUGCGAAGAAAAAGUCAACGGCUAAACGAGCUUGAGACCGGAACCGACUCACGGGACUCACCCUCUCUUCCUCCGUGUUUCUUGUCUACGCAGAAUGACGCUCGAAACUGAUUGAAUGCUCCGAUAAAAUAACGCAGCAACUUUAAUCAAUCAAGAUGUUGAUUAAAGAGUAUCGAAUACCCCUUCCACUAACCGUGGACGAGUACAGGAUCGCGCAGCUGUACAUGAUAGCGAAAAAAUCACGGGAGGAGAGCAAAGGCGCAGGGAGCGGCGUGGAGAUAAUCGUGAACGAGCCCUACACCGACGGCCCAGGACCCGAGGGCAAGGGCCAGUACACUCACAAAGUCUACCACGUGGGCAGCCACUUGCCCGGUUGGUUCAAGAGCCUCCUGCCGAAGUCAGCGCUGAUGGUCAAGGAGGAAGCGUGGAACGCCUACCCGUACACCAAGACACGCUACACGUGCCCAUUCGUCGAGAAGUUCUCGGUGGAAAUCGAGACCUACUACUUCCCCGACAACGGCUAUCAGGAGAAUGUAUUCAAGCUGAGCGGCAGCGAUUUGCGCAAUCGGGUUGUAGAUGUUAUCGACAUCGUCAAGGAUCAACUUUACGGAGCCGAUUACGUCAAAGAGGAGGAUCCGACGCUAUAUAUCUCGGAAAAGACUAUCAGGGGUCCACUCAACGAAAACUGGCUUGAAGACUAUUGGACUGAGGUUAAAGGUAAGUCACAGCCAACUCCUUCAGGAAAAUCGCUGAUGUGCGCCUACAAAUUGUGCCGCGUCGAGUUCCGCUACUGGGGCAUGCAGACAAAACUCGAGAAAUUCAUCCAGGACAUCGCUCUGAGAAAAACGAUGGUCCGAGCUCACCGACAAGCGUGGGCCUGGCAAGACGAGUGGGUCGGGCUGACGAUGGAAGACAUUCGCGAGAUCGAGCGUCAAACGCAAUUGGCACUCCAAGCAAAGAUGGGUCUGGGCGAGUCGAGCGAAGAGUUGGCCGACGGCGAGGAAGCCGACUCGGACAAGGUGAACGCGACGAUCACGCCUCAAGAUUCGGAGCACGUGGCGAAGACAUUAGCAGCGACCCUUGGAAGUAUCGAGAAGAACGAGGAUAUGCAGAGUCCAGCUUCGAUGAGAAAACCCGCCGACAUUCCCAUUAUCAGCACCGCAGUUAGCUCCGGUGAAAACAGUCCCGAGGACUCGCCUAUCGAGAUAAUACCACCUCCCAGAAAAAUGGAAAGGCCAGCGAGAGUGGAAAAGGACAAGCUGGGUAAGAAAGGCGGCACUUCACUGCACUCACCCAACUCAGCUAAGAAUUUCGACGUCCAGAUAGCCAACUGGAGGAUGGAGAGUAUUGUACGAGAAUCGGAAUCCGGAAGCGAAGACGAGUUCUUCGACUGUCAAGAGAACUUUGCACUCGAAGAUAACUCGUCAUUAGCUAAAUGGAGUUCUUUGGAUCUUCUAGCAGAAGAGGAGGAGGUGACAUCACCUACUGCGCCUGAACCUAAACUGGACGACACGAUAUUUUCACACGCUUACCUACAGCGUGUAGCGAGCGAGCGAAGUGGUAAGCGCCUGGCGAUUCGUACCUCGGCGAGCAUCGACGUCUCGUGUCCUGCCUCACCGCAGCACUCGCCCACCCACCAACCCUGCAGUACCACCGUCCUCCUCGUUGUGCUUCACGCGGGCAGCGUUCUCGAUGCAAACGUCGAUCUUACAGCCAAGAAAUCCGACAUAACGACUUUCAAAGGUGCUUUCGAGUCUGUGAUGAGACAACACUAUCCCACGAUGGUCGGCCACAUCUCAAUCAAGUUCGUUUCUUGUCCCUCGAUUUGCACCGAGGGCCUCGGUAUUUUAUCUAGCCUUAGUCCGUACAGCUUCGACGUGUCGCCAUCGUGUAUGGAUGCACCGCAGAUAACGCACGACACGAUACCGAUCGGUGCCAUCCCUUUACUGGCUUCUUCGACGCCGGACUACGACGAGGCGGUGACAAAAGUGGUGAGCGGCGCCAACCAGGUCUACCAAGAGUUCGCGAAAAGUGACGAGGGUCGUGGCUUCAACGGUCAAGUUUGCUUCAUCGGUGACUCGGUCGGCUCGAUUCUCGCUUACGACGCGCUGUGCAGAUCGGCUCAGUAUCAGUCACGCCACGACAGCGAGAACAGCAUCCUCGACACCGACAAUCACGACAACAUUUUGGAGGACAGCCGGCACCUCUCGGCGCCGUCGCCGAGGCGGAGAUCGUCGUCGACGAGUGACAAUUCUCACCACGUCAAACUGGACUUCGAAGUGAGCGAGUUCUUCAUGUUCGGCAGUCCGCUGUCAUUGGUGCUAGCUUACAGAAAAAUCUCCUCGACGGCUGACAAAAUCAGCAAUAUCAACAGGCCGUGCGUCAAUCAGGUGUACAAUCUGUUUCACCCUACCGAUCCGGUCGCAGCUAGACUGGAGCCGCUGAUCUCGGCUCGCUUUUCACUCUUACCCCCGGUCAACGUCGCUCGCUAUCAGAACUACCCGCUUGGCAACGGCCAACCUUAUCACUUGCUGGAAACCAUACAGACGAAUCCACAAUUCUUCACCGAUGGACUGAACGUUUCGAACGUUACGAUGUCUCAGUUGAGAAGACUGUCGGAUAUAUCGAUACAUAGUACUAUGUCCGGUAUAGAUACUAUACCUCUUCAAGCUGUAUCUUCUCUGACGCAGAAGUGGUGGGGCAAUAAAAGAAUAGAUUACGCCCUUUAUUGCCCAGAGGGUCUAGCCAAUUUUCCUACCAACGCCUUACCUCAUCUCUUUCACGCGAGCUACUGGGAGUCCUCGGAUGUCAUUGCUUUCAUCAUUCGCCAACUCGGUAGGUUCGAUCUGCAGAUGCUCGGCCACGAGGAGAAAGAGCUUACAGGCUUCCGUCCAGGACAACCGCGAGAAAAGUGGAAUAAAAAGCGAACAUCUGUUAAAGUUAAAAAUGUUGCUGCUAAUCAUAGAGCUAAUGAUGUUAUUGUUAGAGAUGGUACACCUCAAGUACUUGUAGCUAGAUUUAUGUAUGGUCCUAUAGGUGUCAUCGCCUUAUCAGGCGAAAAUGUAGAUAUUCACAUAAUGAAAGACGUUAGAGGCGGAGAAUGGGUUUAUUAUGCGACUGAAACUACGGAUAAAAGCGGCAAAAUUACUUAUCAAAUUCCAGAGGACAAAACAUUAGGAUAUGGACUCUACCCUGUAAAAAUGAUAGUGAGAGGCGACCAUACGUCCGUAGACUUCUAUAUGGCUGUGAUACCACCAAAAACAGAAUGCGUUGUGUUUAGUAUUGACGGUUCUUUCACUGCGAGUGUAUCUGUGACCGGUAGGGAUCCUAAAGUAAGAGCUGGCGCGGUAGACGUUGUCAGACACUGGCAAGAGCUAGGCUACCUAAUAAUUUACAUAACCGGGAGGCCGGACAUGCAACAGCACAAGGUUGUCUCGUGGCUCUCGCAACACAAUUUCCCUCACGGUCUGGUGUCCUUCGCCGACGGUAUAUCGACUGACCCUCUGGCGCAUAAAGCCGCUUAUCUCCAAAAGCUCGUGCAGGAGCACGGCAUAAUAAUCCACCACGCGUACGGCAGCAAUAAGGACAUCAAUGUAUACACUUCGUUAAAUCUGCAACCAAAUCAGAUCUUCGUGGUUGGCAAAGUGCCGCGUAAAAAUCAUGCGCUUGCAACGGUGCUUCAAGAGGGUUACGCUGCUCACCUGAAUGCACUUCAAGCUCACGGAGGCUCAAGACCCGCGCAGGGCAAUGCGCGUAUGGUCAUACCGAGAGGGCAUUUCGGUUUGCCCGGGCAGAAUGCCUCGCUUAGACGACGAAGGUCGACAAAGCGCGCCAUAUCGCAGCCAGCGUCGGAAGGUCACGUAAGUGCUGACGGUAGUGGUGUGACCCUGGAGCGCAGCACGAGUGUCGGGCCUGCGCCGGCUCGCCAUCAGCCACAGUCGCCUGGAACGCCGCCCGGGAAGUCGAGCGCGCCGGAGAAAUUAUGACGAUUCGUCCGCUGUCGCUCGUUAUUCGAGCAACGGCGGUAGACAUCGAAGCGUAAUGCUUUAGCAAUUGACGAUGAGCGAUGAGCGCGGAUGCACUGUACUUACACACCCUCCUCGUCAGAGAGAGGGAGAGGGGGAGCUGUCUGCCGGCGGCCUCGUCGCUGCUAUACUUGCAUGACGGUACUCUGCCACCAUUGCCAUUGUUGCUGUACAAGGCAUAUUAGUUCCGGGUGCGUGGCCAACAAAGUGAUUGAAAUCGACCUCGCUACGCCACGUUUGCGCUCUGCUUUACUUCAAUUGGGUCGUUAUCGCGACGAAAUUCCAGAUGUACGUUGUGCGCGUUUUCAGUCAGUUUCUUCACCGCUGUCAAGAUGCGAUUGUAGAUAUACCGUGUACAUAAUUAGCUUGAGACAAACAGAUGCGGUGGCAAGACAAAGAAACAUAUAAGUCUGACAUUCCUCUAUUCUUAUCGAGAACAGCGGUUUUCGGCAUCGGCGAGCCCGCGCUGCAGACUCGCUCGUACUUAUAUUCUAAAGGAAGCUACAUCAAUUAAUGGAUAAAGAAAUAAAUACGUACAUAAUGUAGUACUUUUUUAAGGACGUUAAUGUAAACACGAUGCUCUUCAAGAAUUAACGAAGUGCGAAUAACAUUGCAAAAAGAUAAAAAGAAAAAAAAACAAGUAAUUUAGUAGCUCACUGACAAAUUGUUACUCAUGAAACAAGAGAACAACAAUGAAACAUUGCGCCUCCGAUCAAAGUUUAUUUUUUAUACACGAAAAACUACAUGUUUAGUUGUAUGUGCUAGCUUUUAGAAUUCCAAAUAUUGAACUCUGCUCCAAAAAUACUCCUAUACCUAACAAGAUUGACGAACAAGCAAAAGCAAGCGGGAUAAAUAAAUUAGCUAAUGAAUACAAUAAAGUUUAGCGAUAAAGCAAGAAAUUAGCAUUCCCGACGCGAUCAUUCGCUGUAUACGUGUGCUAAUUUAUAAAGAACACAUCCAAAAGGCAUGCAUUGUUGCCAUCAUUUAGUUUUUAAGGCUGUACGUACUUGUUAAAACAGAUACUAUUACCCGACCUUAAAAAUCAAUCAUCACUCAACUUCUCCUCGUUGUUGUUGAAAAACGGAGAUAUAUUGUAUUAUUAUAACACGUUAAUAAAUAUACGUACGUAGUACCUCAAGAUGUCCGUAUCUAACUAUUGAGUCCGCGAUGUUGCAAGAUCAUCUAGUUUGUGAAACAGAACGGGAAUAUAUAAGAAUAAUGUUGUCAUUGUCCUCUUAAAGCUCGGUUAUAGCAGAUGAGGUUUUGUUCAGUAAUAUCGUAUGUGAUAUUUAAGAUGAAAAUAAUUAUUUGUUAACCAUUCUGGAGUAUGAUUGUUUGCAGUUACUUUCGACACUCACCUGCGAUUUCAAUUCAGCGUUUACAUUUACAGACAUAUUCUACUAUAUUUUUCAAGAGAUUGUCUGAUAUUUUUUGACCGUGUUAUGAAGAAAAGCAAAUGUUGAAAGUGUUGCAGCUUUAACGUGUUAUUUUUAGAUUCGUUAUAUCUACGCUGUCUUUCAACGAUUGUUAAAUAUUAUUUCAGAAAUUGAUGGUGUUGAUUCGUUAAAACGCUACUCUGAAACUAUCGGAAAUAUGUGUAUUAAGUAGCGUUGGAUUUAUUUUUAUUGCGUAAGCGCGGAACGUAACACGAAAAGCAAACCACAAAGAAGUCAUGAUUUUAUAUUUGAGAUUUGAUAUAAAGUAAGAAAAAACGGAUUAAUUUGUAUUUUCUGAUACUGUUAGUGUGAGAAUACUCACUUUGUUCAAAGUCGAACUGCAAUAUGUGCCAUAUUGUAAAAAAAACCAAAACCUUAAGUCAGUAAACUACGUACAUAGUUAUGUAAAAUUACGAAGAUCAACAAAAGUUUGAACUGUUAUAUGCUUCUUUUCGUAAAAAUAAAAUACCUGACCGAUUUGAGAAGCAUCAAAUAUAUAUAAAUAAACAUAUAGGUGUCCAUAAAGGCAUCACAUUUGUUAAGAAGUUCAAAUAGAUGUAAAAUUAUAUGUUGCACUAUGAUUUUAAAUCUUUUGAGUUGUAGUUCUAAUCAAUAGUGUAUAUGAAAAUCCAUCCAUUUCUAAUGGAUUUUUUAUUCCAUAUAGCUAGUAAACCGCUGUUCGAUUUAAUCCAUAUAAGAAGUACAACAUAGAAAUGAGCUAUUUUGCUGGCUCCAGCCUGAACUCGAAAUUAUAUAAUUUCAUAAAAUACAUUGCGUGCUUUACUUCCAACAUAUUACAUUUCAAUGGAUCACGCAAUGGACAUUUUUUGUUUAAAAUAAACAGAACAAAUGCAUAUUGACUGUUUAUAUUGUUGUAAUAUAAUACGAGAGUAGGUCAAUAUAAAAAUUGUUCUAAGAAUAAAUACAUACUUGAAUGUAUAAUAAAAUAUUCAUCAAGAAAUUUGACUGCAAAAACUAUUUCAUUCGUGCAAACAAAAAAUCAUAUUAUCAAUAAAUUGAUGAUUAUUUUUUAUUACGCAUAUUACUUUAUGAACUAUAACAAGAAUUCUUUUUAUUAACGAUCCCUUUUUUAGCAUUUACAGUUAACGAAAUUCGUAUGUACUCCUUUUAUCGGAAGCUGUUGAAAACUCUUGUUAAGGCACUUUCUAAAUAAAAGAGCAUCGGACACCGGAUGUGCAUGGAAACGGAAAUAUAAAUUGAUUUUUUGACAUUAGCUUAUGAAAAAAAGAAGCAUCUUAGAGAUCACCGUUUUGAUUCGGAUACAAACCUGAUGGUAUACAACCAAUAAAUGAUGUGUACAUCUCCGUGCACCUCCGAUGUCCAACGUCCAAUAAGAUAUCUGUUACUUUGACAGUGCCUACCCCAAAUUUACGUGCGAGUGACGUAUGUGUAUAUCGAAUCAUCAAACUUCGAAAAUAAAGCUUAAUGAUUAAUAUUUAUCUAGUAUUAUUCCGUACGUAUAUAUAUCCAUGCUCCUUGAUUAAUUAUUAAAUAUAAUAUAUGCUUAUAUUUCACCACGUUUUAAUCAAACAAUUUGUAUUUCGUUUAUAUCCAAUUAU